CCUCGACCUGGCCAAACGUUCCUUAACUUCAACCACCAUAGGACCAGUCCCCAUUACUACCUUGAGCCAACCAAACACUCCUUUAACUCAUCUCCAUUCUCUUCAGGCGACCCUCUCGUCAUCUUAGCCCAUUCGCCGUAUGCCUUCAAGACCUACUCGACCCAUGCAAAUUCAUCAUGCCGCAUCUCGAUGAAAAACGACACAAAGAGAGCGGAUCGGACGAUGCAGCCUCCACUGCCGGAAAGACUGCCCCCACGGUCAAGGAACCAUCUGCUUUCAAAGGAUUCUUUAGGAUCUUUUCUUUCGGAACCCCGACCUCGUAUGCUUUGUUAGCGAUUUCUUUGGUUGCGGCGGUUGCAGCAGGGGUAGCCCUCGCCAUGGUCAAUGUCGUGAUGGGUCAAUUCAUCAGGUUGCUGGGAAAUGUCAGCAGCGACGGAGUCUCACCUGGAUUCAUGAGUGCGGUGAGCACAACAGCGCUCUAUUUUGUUUACAUUGGGAUAGUCCGUCUCGUAACCAUCUAUCUGUACGCAUCGCUCAUGACAUACGUCGCGUACCACAUGGUCCGCAACAUUCAGCACGCGUACCUUCGAGCAGCCCUCAGUCAGGAGGUCGGUUACUACGAUCAGGGCGUUUCUGGCUCAAUCUCGACUCAAGCCACCUCCAACGGUCUCUUGAUCCAAUCAGGAAUUUCAGAAAAGCUCGGCCUCUUCGUCCAAUCGAUUUCCACAUUUGCAGCAGCCUUCGUUAUCGCAUUCAUCAGUCAAUGGAAGCUCACUCUGAUCCUCGCCAGCAUCAUUCCAGCUAUCGUCCUCCUUGUUGGCGGAGUUGGAGCCUUCGAUGCUACGAUCAACGCCAAGCUCUUCAAAACCUACGCAGACGCCGCGAGCUACGCCGACAACCUCCUCAGUGGCAUGCGGACGGUCCAUGCCUUUAGCCUUCAGUCCAAGACACUGGCGAAAUAUGACGAGUUUCUUCGGAACGCAUUGAAACUCGGCAAAAAGAAGAGCAAGUUUGUUGGCAUAUUAUUCGGAGGGCAAUACUUCGUCAUGUACGCGGGAAUGGCCUUGUCGUUCUGGCAAGGCUUCGCCAUGAUUGCCAGGGGUGAGGCAGAUCUGGGAACUGUCUUUACUGUUCUCUUCUCAGUAAUCAUUGCUGCUUCAACUAUCAUGAUGAUGGCACCUCACUUCUUGACCUUUGGACGUGCCGCGACUGCUGCCAUCGAGCUUUUCAAACUCAUCGACAGAGAAUCUGAGAUUGACGCCUUUGACUCCUCAGGUCUACAGCCGGAGUCAGUCAGCGGAAAUAUUGAGAUUGAAGCAGUCAAAUUCAUGUACCCCACGCGUCCUGACACGACAGUCCUGGAUGAUUUUACUUUGUCAAUUCCGGCCGGCAAGGUUACAGCACUGGUGGGACCUAGUGGCUCCGGGAAAAGUACCAUUAUUGGCCUCCUUGAGCGCUGGUACAAUCCUGUUGCCGGUGCGAUCAAAUUGGAUGGACAGGAUAUCAACAGUCUCAAUCUAACCUGGCUUCGUACGAACAUACGACUAGUCCAACAAGAACCUGUUCUCUUCAACGGCACGGUAUUCGACAAUAUUGCCUAUGGUCUGGUGGCGACUGCUUGGCAGGAUGAUUCGCAAGAGGAGCAAAUGGCUCGAGUCGUGAGUGCUGCCAAGAUGGCCUUUGCUCACGAUUUCAUCAUGGAGCUUCCGGAUGGUUAUCAUACCCGUGUCGGCGAACGUGGAGGGCUCCUUUCCGGCGGACAGAAGCAGAGAAUUGCCAUUGCGCGCAGCGUCAUCUCGGAGCCUCGAAUUUUAUUGCUUGACGAAGCUACCAGCGCUCUUGAUCCACACGCCGAGGGCAUCGUGCAGAGUGCUCUUGAUACCGUUUCUCGAGAUCGCACGACCAUUGUGAUAGCCCACAAACUAUCAACCAUCCGCAGCGCCGACAAUAUCGUUGUCAUGUCUCACGGAAAGAUUUCCGAGCAGGGAACUCACGCGGAGCUUCUCGAGCGAGACGGCAUCUAUUCGAGACUCGUCAAGGCGCAGGAUCUUUCCCCUUCCAAUCAGCUACCGGCUGAAAGCGAUACGGCCUCCGAUGGCAGGGAAAAGAUGCAGUCUACUGCUGUUGAGCGCGUUGCCUCACUCAAAAAGCGGAGUACAACGGAAGCACGGCAGCUUGCAAUGUUGGUUGAUCGGGAAGACCCUGAGAAGUACCAAGGAGGCGGCCUCUUUAGCUGUGUCUGGCGCCUUGCGCGCACAACCCCGGAGCUGACUGCAUGGUACAUCUUGGCCGCUUUGGCAUGUAUUGGAGGAGGUGCUGUUUACCCUGGGCAAACCUUGCUACUCGGAAAGCUUGUGGACAUCCUGGGCGUCGAUGACCCCAGAUCGAAGGCCAACUUUCUUUCUCUGAUGCUUUUUGUCUUGUCCCUCGGUUGCCUAGCGUGCUAUUACAUCCUUGGCUGGGCAAUGAAUGUCAUUGCCAAUACACUGAGCACCAGGGUACGCAUAGACAUCAUGUCCUCGCUUCUUAGACAGGAUCUACGCUUCUUCGAUCGACCUGAAAAUACUGUUGGCGCUCUCAGCAGCCGGCUGGACUCAAAUCCCCAAGCCAUCUUGGAACUGAUGGGCAUCAACAUCUCCUUCGCCAUCAUUUCCGCAAUCAGUGUUGUGGCUUGCUGCGUUCUGUCACUGGUAGUGGCGUGGAAGGUUGGUGUUAUUGGAGUCUUCGUCGGACUCCCGCCGCUCUUACUUUCUGGGUGGUUGCGCAUCAAGCUCGAGACUCGUCUGAACGCCAUUAUCAGUAAAGCUUUCCUGCAGAGCGCUUCAUUGGCUUCUGAAACGGUCCUCGCGAUUCGUACUGUCUCUUCUCUGGCUAUUGAGAACAGUGUACUGCAAAGAUACACAGACGAGCUCGAUGCCGCCAUCCACAGCUGCACACCGCCGCUGUUCCACGUCAUGCUGUGGUUCGCUUUUACCCAAGCCGUAGAGCAGUUCGUUCUUGCACUGGGUUUCUGGUGGGGGUCAAAACUCGUCAACGAUGGCGAAAUCACCUUCUACCAAUUCAUGGUGGCCUUCAUGGGUGUCUACUUCUCCGGGAUGGCCGCUGGGACACUCUUCAGCUUUGCUGGCAGCUUUACCAGGGGAAUCCAAGCGGCCAACUAUUACUUCUGGUUAUCCAGCUUGGAGCCAACCAUGGCAGAAACCGAGGCCAACAAGGUCUCCGGACCUCUUGAUGGCUGCAAAACCUACGAGUUGAAGGACCUCCAGUUCUCAUACCCUCUCGCCCCCGAUAACAAGGUUUUGAAUGGUGUGUCGAUGAAGAUCCAGCGCGGCGAUUUUGUGGCCUUUGUUGGCGCCUCAGGAUGCGGCAAAAGUACCAUGAUCUCGCUCCUAGAGCGAUUCUAUGAUCCCACUAGCGGUACCAUCUCCGUUGACUCGCACUCCUUGGCAUCCUUCAGUCCGGCUAGAUACCGCCGGCACGUUGCUCUUGUACAGCAAGAACCAUCACUGUUCCCCGGUUCCAUCAGAGAAAACAUCUCCCACGGCUCGGAUUCAGUCAACGUGUCCGAUGCAGAUAUCGAAUCAGCUUGUCGAGCUGCCAACGCUUGGGACUUUGUCUCUUCUCUCCCCGAAGGUCUCAGCACCCCUUGCGGGACCAGCGGCAGUCAACUUUCUGGGGGUCAGAGGCAGCGCAUAGCGAUUGCCAGGGCCCUCAUCAGGCAACCUAGCGUCAUCUUGCUUGACGAGGCGACAAGUGCGCUCGACACGGAGUCUGAACGAAUUGUCCAGUCUGCGAUUGCGGGGGCUGCCACCGGAAACAGGAUCACCAUUGCUGUUGCCCAUCGUCUCUCGACCAUUCGUCAGGCAAACCGCAUCUUUGUCUUCUACGGUGGUCGGGUGGUGGAAGCUGGAACCCAUGAAGAGCUGAUCCGCAUGAACGGCAUGUAUGCCAAAAUGUGUCAAGCACAGAACCUGAGCCGCGCAGGUUGACAGUGUGGCAGCAUGUUGUUACGAUGUCUGUAUUUGGGUAUACCAUAAGGUCCCUCACGAUAGAGUAGAGUUGCUGUGAAUUUUUCUUUCCAAGCUAAUAUGGUGUUGGCAUUCAAGACUUCC